AUGAGAGUUCCAACAUCUAAAUGUGUAGUUGUCGGUGAUUCUGAAGUUGGUAAGACUUGUCUUUUAGUUAGUUAUACAACGGGUGGAAUAUUGCCUGAUUGUCAUAUUACAGUAUUUGAUAACUAUACUUCAAAUUUAAAUGUAGAUGGUAAACCUUAUGCAAUUAAUCUAUGGGAUACAUAUAUAUCGAAUUCCGAUACAAACAACUUGACAAGACUUACUUAUUUUCAAACCGAUAUCUUUUUAUUAUGUUUUUCAGUGAUAUCUCCUUCGUCUUUUGAAAAUAUAUCAUCAAAGUGGAUUCCAGAACUUAAUGAACAUCUUUACAAUAAUGAAACCAAACAAAAUGUAUCGAUUAUUUUAGUUGGAACUAAAGUUGAUUUACGUGAUAACGAUGAAGUGAUCGCACUUCUUAAAACAAAGAAUAUGCAACCAAUAACAUAUGAUCAAGGUCUCAAUAAAAUGAAAGAAAUCAAUGCAUCUCUAUAUAUAGAGUGUUCAGGACGAACACAUACCAAUGUUAAAGAAUUGUUCGAUGAAGUAACACAAAUCAACAGGUUACAAUUUAGUAACACUAUAUUCGUUUGUAAUGAAGAAUCAAAGCAUUUAAAGAAUCUAUUUAAACAAUGA